AUGGCAGGGCCACAUCCCCGCCUGUGGACCAGGCUGCUGCUGGCAGCCCUGCUGAGCACCAGCCUCCCUGGGGCCAUGGCAAACCUCUGCAAGAAGGCUCAGGUGAAGAGCUGCACCGAGUGCAUCCGUGUGGACAAGGACUGCGCCUACUGCACCGAUGAGAUGUUCAAGGAGAGGCGUUGCAACACCCAGGCAGAGCUGCUGGCCGCAGGCUGCCGGCAGGGGAGCGUGGUGGUCAUGGAAAGCAGCUUCCAGAUCAUUGAGGAGACCCAGAUUGACACCACCCUGCGGCGCAGCCAGGUGUCCCCCCAGAGCCUGCGGGUCCGCCUGCGGCCGGGUGAGGAGCAACACUUUGAGCUUGAGGUGUUCGAGCCCCUGGAGAGCCCCGUGGACCUGUACAUCCUCAUGGACUUCUCCAACUCCAUGUCUGAUGAUCUGGACAACCUCAAGCAGAUGGGGCAGAACCUGGCCCGGGUCCUGAGCCAGCUCACCAGUGACUACACUAUUGGAUUUGGCAAGUUUGUGGACAAAGUUACCGUCCCUCAGACGGACAUGAGGCCUGAGAAGCUGAAGGAGCCCUGGCCCAACAGUGACCCCCCCUUCUCCUUCAAGAAUGUCAUCAGCCUGACGGAGGACGUGGAGGAGUUCCGGAAUAAGCUUCAGGGAGAGCGCAUCUCAGGCAACCUGGAUGCUCCCGAGGGUGGCUUUGAUGCCAUCCUGCAGACGGCUGUGUGCACGGUGAGUGUCAGGGGCUGGUGCUUCUCAGAGGGGGGCACGUACCAAGUGCAUCUUCGGGCCAUAGAGGACAUAGAUGGGACACCUGUGUGCCAGCUGCCAGUGGAGGACCAGAAGGGCAACAUCCAUCUGAAACCAUCCUUCUCUGAUGGCCUCAGGAUGGACGUGGGCAUUAUCUGUGACAUGUGUGCCUGUGAACUGCAAAAAGAGGUGCAGUCAGCUCGCUGCAACUUCCAGGGAGACUUCACGUGUGGGCACUGUGUGUGCAGUGAGGGCUGGAGCGGCAAGACCUGUAACUGCUCAACGGGCUCCCUGAGCGACAUGCAGCCCUGCCUGCAGGAGGGUGAUGACAAGCCAUGCUCAGGCCGUGGGGAGUGCCAGUGUGGACACUGUGUGUGCUAUGGUGAAGGUCGCUACGAGGGUCAGUUCUGCGAGUAUGACAACUUCCAGUGUCCCCGCACCUCUGGGUUCCUCUGCAAUGACCGGGGACGCUGCUCCAUGGGUCAGUGUGUGUGUGAGCCUGGUUGGACAGGACCAAGCUGUGACUGUCCCCUCAGCAAUGCCACCUGCAUCGACAGUAAUGGGGGCAUCUGUAACGGGCGUGGCCACUGUGAGUGUGGCCGCUGUCACUGCAACCAGCAGUCUCUGUACACGGACACCACCUGUGAGAUCAACUACUCAGCGAUCCGCCUGGGCCUCUGCGAGGACCUGCGCUCCUGUGUGCAGUGCCAGGCCUGGGGCACCGGGGAGAAGAAGGGGCGCACCUGUGAGGAGUGCAGCUUCAAGGUCAAGAUGGUAGAUGAGCUGAAGAAAGCGGAGGAGGUGGUGGAGUUCUGCUCCUUCCGGGACGAGGACGAUGACUGCACCUACAGCUACACGGUGGAGGGCGAUGGCACCCCUGGGCCCAACAGCACCGUCCUGGUACACAGGAAGAAGGACUGUCCUCCUGGCUCCUUCUGGUGGCUCAUCCCCCUGCUCCUCUUCCUCCUGCUGCUCCUGGCCCUGCUGCUGCUGCUCUGCUGGAAGUACUGUGCCUGCUGCAGGGCCUGCCUGGCACUUCUCCCUUGCUGCAAUCGAGGCCACAUGGUGGGCUUUAAGGAGGACCACUACAUGCUGCGGGAGAACCUGAUGGCCUCAGACCACCUGGACACACCCAUGCUGCGCAGUGGGAACCUCAAGGGGCGUGACACCGUCCGCUGGAAGGUCACCAACAACAUGCAGCGGCCUGGCUUUGCCACCCAUGCUGCCAGCACCAAUCCCACAGAGCUGGGUGAGGGCUGGGGCUGGGUGCUGGGGCUCUUGCCUGUGUCCCUGGGGCCCUUGGGACCCCCAGAUCUGAGAUGACACCACUCCUGCCCUGCCUCAUGGCCCUCCUUUGCCUGGCAGCUGAACGAGGUAUACAGACACAUUUCAGGUGUACACAAGCUCCAGCAGACUAAGUUCCGGCAACAGCCCAAUGCUGGGAAAAAGCAAGACCACACCAUUGUGGACACGGUGCUGACGGCACCCCGCUCGGCUAAGCAGGCCCUGCUGAAGCUCACGGAGAAACAUGUGGAACAGGGGUCCUUCCAUGAACUCAAGGUGGCCCCUGGCUACUACACCCUCACCACAGACCAGGAUGCCCGGGGUAUGGUGGAGUUCCAGGAGGGCGUGGAGCUGGUAGACGUGCGCGUGCCCCUCUUCAUCCGGCCUGAGGAUGAUGACGAGAAGCAGCUACUGGUGGAGGCCAUCGAUGUGCCUGUGGGCACCGCCACCCUCGGCCGCCGUCUGGUGAACAUCACCAUCAUCAAAGAGCAAGCCAGCGGGAUGGUGUUCUUUGAACAGCCUGAGUACUCUGUCACCCGCGGGGAGAAGGUGGCCCGCAUUCCCGUUGUCCGGCGCAUCCUAGACAGUGGCAAGUCCCAGGUCUCCUACCGAACACAGGACAACACAGCACAGGGCAACCGGGAUUAUGUCCCUGUGGAGGGAGAGCUGCUCUUCCACCCUGGGGAGACCUGGAAAGAGCUGCAGGUGAAGCUCCUGGAGCUGCAGGAAGUAGACUCUCUCCUGCGGGGCCGCCAGACUCGCCGCUUCAACAUCCAACUCAGCAACCCCAAGUUCGGGGCCCGCCUGGGCCAGCCCCACUUAGCUACCAUCAUCAUUGGGGACCGGGAUGAAGAUGAACUGGAUCAGAACUUCGUGAGCCAGACAUCAUCAUCACCCUCACCCCUCCACGGUAACCUGGGAGCCCCACAGAACCCCAAUGCCAAGGCUGCUGGGUCCCGGAAGAUCCAUUUCAACUGGUUGCCCCCUUCUGGCAAGCCGAUGGGGUACAGGGUGAAGUACUGGAUCCAAGGUGAUUCUGAAUCAGACGCCCACCUGCUCGACAGCAAGGUGCCCUCGGUGGAGCUCACCAACCUGUACCCAUACUGUGACUAUGAGAUGAAGGUGUGUGCCUAUGGGGCCCAAGGCGAAGGGCCCUACAGCUCCCUGGUAUCCUGCCGUACCCACCAGGAAGUCCCCAGUGAGCCGGGGCGGCUAGCCUUCAAUGUCGUCUCCUCCACGGUGACCCAGGUGAGCUGGGCCGAGCCAGCUGAGACCAAUGGCGAGAUCACAGCCUAUGAGGUCUGCUAUGGUCUGGUCAACGAGGACAACCGACCCAUUGGGCCCAUGAAGAAGGUGCUGGUUGACAAUCCCAAGAACCGGAUGCUACUCAUUGAGAACCUUCGCGAGUCCCAGCCAUACCGUUACACAGUGAAAGCGAGAAAUGGGGCUGGCUGGGGACCCGAGCGGGAGGCCAUCAUCAACCUGGCCACCCAGCCCAAGCGACCCAUGUCCAUUCCCAUCAUCCCCGACAUCCCUAUUGUGGACGCCCAGGGUGGGGAGGACUACGAGAACUUCCUCAUGUACAGUGAUGAUGUCCUGCGCUCUCCAGCCAGCAGCCAGAGGCCCAGCGUCUCCGAUGACACUGGCGGCAGCUGGAAGUUCGAGCCCCUACUGGGGGAGGAGCUGGACCUGCGGCGCGUCACGUGGCGGCUGCCUCCGGAGCUCAUCCCGCGCCUGUCGGCCAGCAGCGGGCGCUCUUCUGACGCCGCCGAGGCGCCCCUCGGGCCCCCGGAUGACGGCGCCCAUCCGGGCGCGGGGAACACGGGCGGAGAGGGCGGCAGCCUGCCUCGCAGUGCGACGCCCAGGCCCCCCGGAGAGCACCUGGUGAACGGCCGGAUGGACUUUGCCUUCCCAGGCAGUGCCAACUCCUUGCACAGGAUGACCGUAGCCAACACAGCCUAUGGCACCCACCUAAGCCCACAUCUGCCCCACCGAGGGCUGAGCACAUCCUCCACCCUUACUCGGGACUACCACUCACUGACGCGCACGGAACACUCACACUCAGCCUCGCUGCCCAGGGACUACUCCACCCUCACCUCCCUCUCCUCCCAUGACUCCCGGCUGAUUUCUGGUGUGCCUGACACACCCACCCGCCUGGUGUUCUCCGCCCUGGGGCCCACAUCUCUGAAAGUGAGCUGGCAGGAGCCGCAGUGUGACCACACUCUGCAGGGCUACAGCGUGGAGUACCAGCUAUUGAAUGGCGGUGAGCUACACCACCUCAACAUCCCCAACCCCAAUCAAACCUCCGUGGUGGUAGAAGACCUCUUGCCCAACCACUCCUAUGUGUUCCGCGUGCGGGCCCAGAGCCAAGAGGGCUGGGGCCGAGAGCGUGAGGGGGUUAUCACCAUCGAAUCACAAGUGCAUCCACAGAGCCCACUCUGUCCCCUGCCAGGCUCCACCUUCACGUUGAGCACCCCAAGUGCCCCAGGCCCACUGGUGUUCACAGCCCUAAGCCCAGAAUCACUGCAGUUGAGCUGGGAGCGGCCACGGAGGCCCAAUGGCGACAUCCUUGGCUACCUGGUAACCUGUGAGAUGGCCCAAGGAGGAGGAACAGCUACCACAUUCCGGGUGGAUGGAGACAAUCCUGAAAGCCGGCUGACAGUGCCUGGACUCAGUGAGAAUGUGCCCUACAAGUUCAAGGUGCAGGCCAGGACCACUGAGGGCUUUGGGCCUGAGCGUGAGGGCAUCAUCACCAUCGAGUCGCAGGAUGGAGGCCCCUUCCCACAGCUGGGCAGCCACCCUGGGCUCUUCCAGCACCCACUGCAAGGCGAGUACAGCAGCGUCACCACCACCCACACCAGCACUACCGAGCCCUUCCUCAUGGAUGGACUAACCCUGGGGUCCCAGCGCCUGGAGGCAGGUGGUUCCCUCACCCGGCAUGUAACCCAGGAGUUUGUGAGCAGGACGCUGACCACCAGUGGAACACUCAGCACCCAGAUGGACCAACAAUUCUUCCAAACCUGACCCCCCCAGUUUAUCCUGGAACCUGGGCUCCCUCCCCGUGCCACCUCAGCUACUUCAUCCUUUGAACCCUGGGGCCCAGCCCUCCACAUGCUGAUCCCAAGGCUAGUGCCUCUGGCCACAGAGCAGGGGGUAGGUGUCCUCUGGGAGGCAUGAAGGAGGCAGAGGUCCCAGAAAACCCCUCUGGCUUCCCCUACUCUGGGCUUAAACCCAUUAUAACCAAAGAGCCAGGACCAGCACAAGGACCUGGCCUUUGUUACGCACUUAAUAAAAUAUUUUGCUACUGUCUGGC